CUCUCUUUGAGGAAAUCGAUGGAUCGUUCCUCACCUGGCACUUGUUUUUUAUCUUUCUGUGCUAGGCUGCUUCUAGCUAGCUAUACUCCAGUAUAUAGUUCUUGCAAAGAGAAACCAUGGGGGUUUUCUAGUUUGAUGCUUGUUUUCUUUGAACUGGAACUUCCUCUUUGAUCUUUCCAGGCUUAUGUUUCUGGUUCUUGGAUUCUUUCCCGGCCGGUGCUUAUCUUGUUUUUCUUCCCUUUUCUUUUUGGAAGGUUUCGGUUUCUUGGCUUCCUCAGAUUUCCAUCUCUCUUCUUUUUUCUAGCAAUAGCCGGAUCUUUGAUCUUGUACGGUACUUAGUACUAGCAGAACACGUAUAUUUGUACAUCUUGGGAGUCCAAUUCCUUAGUUUGCUAGAUAUGUCGUCAAAGGCUAGUUAGUUAAGAGAAAUCUUAGCAACUUAAAUUUCCUUGCUUUGUUUGAUUUAUUAGUUGCUUUCCUUUUUCCCUUUGAGGAAACUACAUGUUCUUUGUUGCAUCUUGCAGCUAGCUUAUCCAUACAUCAACCCCCGGCCGGAAAGCAGCUUGUUCUAGAUCGAUUAUUCCAAUUAUUUUCAAGAAACAGAUCGAAGAAAGAACACUUUAAUUUGUUCCUUACUUUUGCUAGAUCUUAUGUUCUCCUGCAUAAUUUUCCUAGAAACAAAAGCAAGUAUCAAGCCCCUUGCAUCCGUCAAAUCAUGGGAUCGGAUCGACCUUUUUUACUACACUUCUUCGAAUUGGGCUGUCCAUCAGUCAAAUCAUAUGCAUAGAAACUAUUUCUCUCAACAUUUUUUUUUGCAAACCCUACCCCAGUUAUCUUCUCUCUUGUCUUCGUUCCAAUCCAUCCCGACCUGGCUUCCUUUUUCCUUUCGUUGAGAUCGAGGUAGUGGAGAUGGGGAGGGGAAGGAUUGAGAUCAAGAGGAUCGAGAACACCACUAGCCGGCAGGUGACCUUCUGCAAGCGCCGGAAUGGCCUCCUCAAGAAGGCCUACGAGCUCUCCGUCCUCUGCGACGCCGAGGUCGCGCUCAUCGUCUUCUCCAGCCGCGGCCGCCUCUACGAGUACUCCAACAACAGUGUCAAGGCUACAAUUGACAGGUACAAGAAGGCGCAUGCUUGCGGCUCAACCUCUGGGGCACCACUCAUAGAGGUCAAUGCUCAGCAAUACUACCAGCAAGAAGCUGCCAAGUUGCGCCAUCAGAUCCAGAUGCUGCAAAACACUAACAAGCACUUGGUCGGUGAUUCUGUCGGCAACCUGUCACUGAAGGAGCUGAAGCAGCUCGAAAGCCGGCUCGAGAAAGGCAUUGCAAAGAUCAGGGCCAGGAAGAAUGAGCUGCUGGCUGGCGAGAUAAAUUACAUGGCCAAAAGGGAGAUGGAGCUUCAAAGUGACAACAUGGACCUCAGGACCAAGGUACAGAUUGCAGAGGGGGAGCAGCAGCUGCAGCAGGUGACAAUAGCAAGGCCCGCAGCGGUGCCAGAGCUAAACCCUUUUGCCGCACUGGACAUGAAGUGCUUCUUCCCCGCCAAUCUCUUCGAUGCAGCGGUGCAAGCGCAGGCGCAGGCCCAAGCUCAGGCUCAGGCGCAGGCAUCGUUGCAGCUGAACCUCGGUUACCAGCUCGCGCCACCGGGUGCUGGCGACCAAACUCACCAUUUCUAACCUGCACGACCUACCUGCAGAUCCACAGACUGGCUGCAAUAUCUAGAUGGAGCUGGCAGUGUUACCAGUACCGAAUGUUCUUGUCAGUCCAUCUAGCUACAUUAUAUAUAAGUGUGCUGCUUUUGUUGUUUGGACCUCUUAAUUUGCUGAUGUUGUAGAAACCAAACAAAUUUGUCAGAAGUACUGCUAGCCUAUAUAUGUUCUGACAAAUUGCUACAUCACUUUGAUGAAAUCCAGUAAAACAUAUUAAUGUUGAUCGUGUUUUAUUCGGUGGUA